CCCUGACUCUUACUGUCAAUGUCAGCCCAGCCUGUGUUGAUGGGCGACAUGAAAAAGUGACUAACUUAUUAUUUAAAUAAAAAAUGAUUAGUAUAAUAACAACAUAAACAAUGUCGAUGGACGAAAACGAAUUCUUCAAGCAGACCGUGCAACAUCUGGCUCGCUGUCUGUCCAACAUACAGCCGACACCAUGGGAAAAAGUAAACACCCUGUUCAUGCUAUGCCCACAAGCAAGUUCAACACUCGUAGUAACGACCCGCAGCAUGGAGGCCUGCAUAGCCCUAGGGCUGUACUACUUGCAGAGUGGAAUGCAGCACCAGGAUAAGCUGCAUCCAUACUUCCUGAAGGUGCUGAAGUGUCUCACUACGGCUCAGUUUGAGGAGCCAGUGUGCCGAAUAAAGAGUGGUGACCGUAUCCCCAUGUCAGAGAAGUUCAGCUUCUGUCUGAACACGCUUCUAUCCGACGUGGCCACAAAACAGCCUUCGCUGCGCGAGGAGAUCAUCACGGCGCAAAUCGAGCUGAUGGCGAGCCUCACGCAGGUCAUCCUAGAGUGCCAUCAGACCAGGGACUAUAGCGGCUCGGUGUCCAAACUGCAGCUGUGCAAGGGGACUAUACCUGUGCUCAUAGGUCUCGCGAGAUCCAUGGGCCGUUUCGCCACCAUCGACCCCCCUCUCCUCUGCCGCCUGUUCCCCCAACCGCCCAGCCCAGUGAAAAACAAGGAGCCCGAACCCAACUUCGAAUACUCCACUCUGGACAAAAAGAGGAAAUUCAACCAAUUCCGACCGAUCAUACCCAGAUCUCUAUCAGGAAAUUUAAAUCCAGUAGAGCAUAUCAUGGAAAAUGGAAACGAUACUGUAGACGGUGCCUUAAAAAGGGGAUCUCUUAACAGCUAUCAUUCUGUCCCCUAUGAUCCCACAACUUACUUCUUCCAUAAAUUCGGGUCUAGUUUCAACCAGUUCCCAUACAUGAGGUUCUCCGAGUCUCCAGAGAGGAGAAUAAAUGUGCAGUUCUAUGUAAGAUACCUGCAGAACAUUCUGUCUUGUGCGAAGAAGUUGUUGACCAAAGAUUUGCUGGCGUUUUUGGAUGAGGAGGCGGAUGAUAUAUACGCGGCUGGGCAAAUACAGGUUUUCCCGUACAAGUCGUUCUCCGAGACGUUGAACCUAGUCAUGGUGACAUUGCUGAGAGAGAUACUACAGCACCAGAAAGAUCUACCCGGACCUUUCACCAAAGAUGUGCAAGAAUUCGUGAAAUGCCUGUUCCUAAGCGGGCAAACAGAGCUGCAGUCUCGCCAUCACGAUGCGUCAGAGAAAGAAGACAGAGAGAGCAACUUCGCCACCGUCAACAAGUUCAAGGUCAACGUCAUGGCGAACUCCGCGUGCGUCGAUCUACUGGUGUGGGCCAUUGGCGAUGAAACAGGUGCGGAUUCCUUGUGUGGCCGCCUGACUGAGAAAAUAAACUCGAAUCACAAUCAUAAAUUGAUACUGGCGCAUAUGCCUCUCCUCAUGGUCUGUCUUGAAGGCCUUGGUAAACUAGCAACGAAAUUCCCUACGAUAGCGAACACUUCGAUAUACUGCCUGAGAGACUUCCUCGUCACCCCCUCGCCGAUAUUAUUUAAACUGCACAAGUUGGAGCUAGAAAAGACGGGAAAGGAACACAUGAAAGUUACAUUACAAGGUAAAGAGCUGCAAGGCAUGACGGAGAACGGUGUCCCGGUCAAAUCUACGCCUUUCGAGAAGCUUAGAGACGCGGCCAUAGAGAACCUUUGCGUGGCUUUGGAGGCAGCGCUUACUGUGGACCCCUUCUGUGUGCCUGCGCUCGUGGGCUCCGUUAGUAACAGACUAUUCACAGCUGAAACUAGUGACAGUGAAUCAUCAUUGAUAAGCACCAAUAUAGUGAUAAUGUUGGGCCACGUGGCAGUCGCCUUGAAAGACACGCCGAAGACUACGGACACGGUUCUUCAGUUCUUCCAACAGAGAUUGUGCCGCGCCCCAUCAUCCCUGGACACCCUGAUAGUGGACCAGCUGGGCUGCAUGGCGCUGGCCAGCCCCGCGGGCCCGGCGCACGACGAGAUCAUGCGCAUGUUCACCGUCAUCACCGUGGAGGCCGCCUCCGCCGCCUACCACCACACCGACGACCGCAAGCAGUACAGACACGUCUCCGGUGCCGUCCUCAACGCGCUAGCGAACAUCGCGGCGAACGUCCGCGGCACGAGCGCCCGUCUCGAGCUGCUCACUCGUCUGCUCGAACUGUUCGUGCAACUGGGGUUGGGUGGCGAGCGCGCUACGGACCGAUCGCCUGCACCUGUGCUAAAGAGCUCAGGCAGCGCGGGGAACCUUGGUGUGCUUAUACCCGUCAUAGCGGUAUUAGUAAAGAGACUGCCCCCCAUAAAGAACCCAAAGCCCCGGCUACACAAGCUCUUCCGCGACUAUUGGCUCUACUGCGUAGUUAUGGGAUUCACCGCGGCAGAAUCACGGUUAUGGCCGCAAGAAUGGUACGCCGGUGUAAAAGAGAUAGCAGUAAAAUCUCCCUACUUGGUUUCACAAACUUCACUCCGUUCCGACCUGCGCGAGCUUCAGUACACUUCAGCUGUCAGAAACGAUUCCGUAUCAGUGACAGAGCUUCAGGAGUUGAAGACGCAAAUCCUGAACCUUUUGGACCAUCCUCAAGAUGUAUCGGUGAUAGUUGGCAAACUUACGUUUGCGCCGUGCAUGUAUCUACUCAGUGUGUACUGGCUUGAAACUUUGAGGGUGACUAACUCUCCGGAGCCCAGUCUACAGCCAAUCAUUGAGUACUUGAGCGAUAUAGCCCUGCAAAAGGACAAGAGUAUGAUGUGGCAAUGCGUCGCCAGUGUCGGAGACAAAGUAUUCCUAAAAUUCCUGGACGUGAUGUCAGAGAAGGUGAAGGACGAGUCUCGAGAGCGCGAGCUCGAAGGUCACGCUCAGUUCCUAUUGGUCAAUUUCAACCACAUACAUAAGCAGAUAAGACGAGUGGCCGACAAGUGGUUGGCUGGACUUGUGGAUAGAUUCCCGCAUCUGUUGUGGAACUGUAGGGUCCUCUGGUCCAUGUUGGAUAUCCUGCAAGUCCUAAGCUACAGCUUAGAGUUAGACCCCAAUGAGGAGACGCCGCUGCUCAAAGUGCCCGGCACUGACUUCACUCUGCAGCUUCAGGAUACCUUGGAAGGUAGAGAGGGAAUAGUAAAAGAUUUCGCUGAUCGCUGUCACGGAAUAGUUCAGGAGGCCAUGAAAUGGGCGCCGCAGUCCACACGCUCGCAUCUUCAGGAGUACCUGAAUCAGGUCCCGAACUCAACACUGUGGCACCACGUAGGGCUGGCACUCGCGACUGGGGCACUCUUAGGUGCGGCGGGACUCAACCGCGCAUCGGCCCCUCUAUCCCGAGCCGCUCUAGAGAAGCGUCCCUCCUGUGUUACGCAGGAUUCAGCGGCAUUGCUCGCUGUAGUGUCACAGAGGAGUCGAUAUGCCGGUGAAGUGGCCGGAGCCGUGGCAGCGGAAGGCGGCGGCGAAGCUGCCUUAUGGCGCGUGGGCGCUCGCCUCCACACCGCACUGAAGGACGCCUGUACCAGCGAGAGCGAGACAGCGCACCGUGCGUCAUUGUGGCGUGCUACAGCGCUGCUAGUACAUGCGCGACAUCAUGCCACGCAAGAUGGGACGUCUCGCGCACUAUUACAUUCAGUGGCAUGGUCCCAAGUGGACAUAUUCACCGAAGACGCCGUGACCUCCGCCGUGGAGUGCUGGCAGUGGCUGACCACGGCCCGGCCGGAGCUGGAGCUGCGGCUGCUGCAGGAGAUGUUCGCCGCGUGGCAGUGCACCGUCGACCGCCGCAUGGGGCUCUUCUCACCGCAAACUGACGAGACCAGCCCGCUAGCCGCUUACGAGGGGUCCAAACUAGAACCUCGACCACCGUUCGUGGCGCCGCACGCAGUGUGGGUGCGCUACUUCUGCGAGCUGGCAGAAACCGCCAAGUACAAUAGUCACGAGAAGGUCGAGAUGCUUGCCAGCAUGCUCCAUAGGUCUUUACCAUUGGCUGUUGGAGAUGUCCGUGACAACAUAAACAGACACGUGGAAGCCGUUGGUGUCAGGUUCAAAUUAUUAUCCUGCGGCCUAUCUCUCCUACAAGGCGACAUCCUACCCCGCUCUCUCGCCCGAAAUAUUCUCAGAGAGCGUGUUUAUAGUGUUUGCUUGGAUUACUUCUGUCGCGGCUUGCAAGCUCCGAGCAAAACGUCCUGUGCUUUGAGAGAGGACAUCAUAUCCCUCAUUAAGUUCUGGCAGCUGAUGCACUCCGAUAAGAAAUAUUUGAAAACCAGUGAUAUUGGUGAAGACCAGUUGGGCCCCAGCAGUCAACAAAGUAUCUACACUUCGAACUCCCCUACUGACGCGCGCUCGUCGGUCAACAGCAGCGACAUCGGCAACCGGCAGACCACCGGCUGGAUCAACACGGUCCCGAUGUCAACAACCACGCUCAGCAGCGGAGCCGGCAGCAUCGCCGGCAAGCGGUCGAACAGAAGUGUCAAGCCGCCGGCAAAGUCGCAAGACACAUUCGUGAAGGAUUACGUUAGGAAGAGGAACCUUAUUCUGGAGCUUAUGGCUGUAGAAAUAGAGUUCCUAGUGACGUGGCACAACCCGCACGGGCGUCCGGAGCAGGCCAUCCCCGGCGAGGACAACAUCGCCACGUGGCGCUCCAAGCCGAACACCGAGCGCACGUGGCGCGACUACGCCAAGCUGGCAUGGGACAUCAGCCCCACGCUGGCCGUGUUCCUGCCGGAGAGGUUCAAUAACGAGGGUAUAAUCGCUGAAAUGCGACGCAAAGUGCAGGCCCAGCCGACCGCUGUUUGCCACAUCCCCCAAGCCCUCAAAUAUCUAGUCACAACGGAAACUCUACUCAACGACGCGCAUGAGCUAGUCCACAUGGUGACAUGGGCGCGCGUGACCCCCGUGGAGGCGCUCGCGUACUUCAGCCGGCAGUACCCGCCGCACCCGCUGUCCGCGCAGGCCGCCGUGUCCGCCCUCACGUCCUACCCGUCCUCCGCCGUGCUGUUGUACAUCCCUCAACUGGUGCAGGCGCUGCGACACGACACGAUGGGCUACGUGUCCGAGCUGAUCAAGUCCCUCGCGCGCAAGUCGCAGGUGGUCGCGCACCAGCUCAUAUGGAACAUGCAUACUAACAUGUACACCGACGAAGAAAUGCAUAACAAAGAUCCUGUCCUCUACGACACACUGGAAGCGUUGACAAAGAACAUAGUGGACACACUCUCAGGGCCAGCUAAAGCGUUCUACGAACGAGAAUUCGACUUCUUCGGGCAGAUCACGAAUAUCUCCGGAAUCAUCCGACCGUACCCGAAGGGGGCAGAGAGAAAGCGGGCGUGCCUCGAGGCCUUGAAGAAUAUUAAGGUCCAACCGGGAUGUUACUUGCCGUCCAAUCCAGACUCGAUGGUCUUAGACAUCGACUAUAAGAGCGGUACUCCGAUGCAGAGCGCUGCAAAGGCGCCUUACCUCGCACGGUUCCGUGUCCGAAAGUACGGUAUCGCCGAGAUGGAGGCGGUCGCCAUGGCCGUCGCGGCCGGCGAGGACCCGCCUGCUGAGGAUGGCAAAGACCGCUUCACCUCCAUGGUGGCGGAAACGUGGCAGGCGGCCAUUUUCAAAGUGGGCGAUGACGUCAGACAGGACAUGUUAGCGCUGCAAGUGAUCUCCCUGUUCAAGAACGUGUUCCAACAAGUCGGGCUCGACCUGUAUCUGUUCCCGUACAAGGUGGUGGCCACGGCGCCAGGGUGUGGUGUGAUAGAGUGCGUGCCUAACGCAAAGUCAAGAGAUCAACUUGGUAGGCAGACGGACAUCGGGAUGUACGAGUACUUCAUUAAGAAGUAUGGCGACGAGACCACUAGAGAGUUUCAGGCGGCUAGGAGGUGUUUCGUGACGUCAAUGGCGGCGUACAGCGUUAUCGGCUUCCUCCUGCAGAUCAAGGAUCGUCACAACGGCAACAUCAUGCUGGAUACAGACGGACAUAUCAUACAUAUAGAUUUCGGGUUCAUGUUUGAAUCAUCGCCGGGCGGCAACUUGGGUUUCGAGCCCGACAUCAAGCUGACGGACGAGAUGGUGAUGGUGAUGGGCGGCAAGAUGGAGGCGCCGCCGUUCCGCUGGUUCUGCGAGCUGUGCGUGCAGGCCUUCCUCGCCGUGCGACCAUACCAAGAAGCCAUAAUAUCCAUGGUGUCCCUCAUGCUGGACACCGGGCUGCCCUGCUUCCGCGGGCAGACCAUCCGCCUCCUCCGCUCCCGCUUCGCGCCCAACUCCACGGAGAAAGAGGCGGCUGCCUUCAUGCUGUCUGUUAUAAGGAACUCCUUCCUCAACUUCAGGACCAGAACGUAUGACAUGAUACAGUAUUAUCAGAACCAAAUUCCGUAUUAAUUUGUAGAGGUUGAGGAGAAAAAUGAGAUUGAAGGCCAGAGGCCACCGGCUAGUAGUAGCCAUAAUAUCAUAUAACAUCCUUAUCACGUAAAUACAUCCUGGUGAAGAAAAACAUCCUGGUCACGGCACCAAAUUGUGACACGUAACUUAUUGUUGUGGAAUGAACUAUCGCCUGCGGUAUUUCCGGACCGAGACAACCUUAAAGAAAAGAGCUUAAUCCCGUCUUAAAGGCCGGCAACGCACUUAAAACCCUUCUUGUGCUGCGGGUAUCCAUGGGUGGCGGUAAUCGCUUACCAACAGGUGAUCCGUCUGCUCGUUUGCCUCCUAUAUCAUAAAAAAAACGUAAAUGUCAGUAUCCCUCGUGCUGGACACCAGGCUGCCCUGCUUCCUGUAUUAACCUAUCAAAUGUGUGUGGUGGUCAAAAAUCAUAGGUUCAAAAUCAGUUUGAAGUCAGGACAAACGCUAAUAAGGAAAUUGUAUUCGCGAUUAGUAAAACAAUGUCGUAUUUUUAACUGAAGACCGAGGUAUACAGAUAAAGACCUAUUUUGUGCUAGGACUUCACAUAUAACUUGACAUUGAAAAUUAGACCUUGGAGUUCUAGAUAUAAAGUGGCAUUCAGGUCCGUGAAAUUGAGGAACUAAAAUCUUGAUAGCAAUAAUGUUGGAGCUAAAAUCAUUGAAAUCAAGGUGAUGGUGAAUUAGAGGUUAUUUGUACUUAAGAAUGAAAUUCUUAUAAUUAUAUUACAGUGAUCAGUGUUAUUGCAACAUUUUUAAAAUACUAAAUUGAGGAUAAUCAUAUAAAUAUAUUAUUAUAAAGAUGUUUUUGCAGAUUUGAGGAAAUAUAAUUCCUUGUAGCUCCUUCUCAAUGUAUAAAUGAUUAUUAUUCACUUUUGAGACCAUUCUUGUAAAAAGGAAGAAAAAUAUUUAAAAAUGUGGGUUUCUUCCUAUGGUUGUGUCUCUGUCUUUAGCUGUGUACAGUCAGCAACAAAAGUGAGAAUCUAAAAUAAACCCAGGAUCUUGCCCUCUUAAUUGUUCCGGUAUGUAAGAUAUUUUCAACCAUAUAAAAAUAAGUAAGAAUAGAGUGCUCACUCCAUACAUCAGUUUUGUUACCAAAACGACUAUUAUUUUCGUACUUGACAUCUAGCGUCAAGUAGCGGAAUUAUCAGUACUGCUACUCGACAAUAGAUGUCACGUGUGUCGCGACUAACGAAGUGUAUUGCUCAUCAAUUUACAGCUAAUAUUACAAGCAGAAGGAGUUGAAAAUAGUUCCUGUUAAUCCGGUUAUAAUAUUAGCUUAAAAUUGUUGUUCUUUCCGUUUGUCGCGACAUCUAUUGUCGAGUAGCAGUACUGAUAAUUCUGCUACUUGACGCUAGAUGUCGACUCAUCAUCAUUAACUUGAGUUAUUCUCUUGUCGGUGGAGUAUCUUCCAGCUUUCCCUAUCCCGCGCCAGCUCUUUGACUUUUUGAUACGACACGACCCCUACUUUUUCUUUCACUUGAUCUAAAAAGCUGCGUCUGGGUUUUCCUCUACCCCGCUUCCUUCCUAUCCGCCCCUCCAGGAUAGUUUUAAAGAAGUAGUCGUGUCGUAUUAAGUGUCCAAUCAUUUUCCCGCGUCUAUUUGCAAUAGUGUUCAGAAUAGCUCUUCUUUCACUCACUCUUCUUAGCACCUCCUCAUUCGUUAUCCUGUCUCUCCAACUAAUGCCUUCCAUAAUACGAACUGACUGACUACGAAAAUAAUAGUCGUUUUGGUAACAAAACUGAUGUAUCGAGUGAGCACUUGCUUAUGUUCAACGAAAUGAACCUCUACGAAAUAAGGUAUCAUUUAAGAACACUGACUUGCCUUGGAUUUCGAAUAAGAAAAUUCAACUAUUUUUUUUUAGUUUUUCUUUUUGAAUUUAACAAUUCAGUUUUGUAAAGAUCAUUGUGAGAUACAAUUCUCUCGCUUACUUCUGCAGCUGACUUUACAUUGAAUCACAAGAGACACUCCAGUAUCUGAGCCCCUACGCGACAAACUUCGUUAUCUGCCUCUAUCGCUCUUCCAUAUCGUGCGAUAAACAAAUGACAAAAUUUCGAUUAUCGUUUCGCGGUAUGCCCCUCUGACCCUUAAAGUUGCCUUAAUACACCAGGCAGACGACAUAUACAGGUUGAUUCACGAAACAAGGCACGAAUGGAAUUAACGAAGCUUUCAUUGUAUGAGUGACACCUGAGGCCGUAGCGCGGUCGCAUUUUUAUCACCUGUCACGUUCUAACAAGUAUGUAAGUGCGAAAGUGACAGGCGAUAAAAAUGGAACCAUGCUGCCACCGCUGUAUUCACUCAUUCAUUUCAUUUGUGCCAGCUCUUCUGUACCUGCCAACAUUGGAGAUAUUUCUAGAUUAGCUAAAUUAUUUAUUUUCUUAUAAGAUUUAACCAUGUUGAACUAUUGAUUGUGACUUGUCGGUAAAUGAGAUAUUAGAAUAGGAAAUUAGUAUUGUUCUCCUAUUAGUCCUAACUCCCAACAAUAUAACAAACCAUUUUAAUACCUAAUUUGUCGAAGGUUUCUCUGUCUAUCUGUAUGUUCAUUGUAUACCGUUCUUAUGCCUUUUUUUCUAUAUCUGCUAAAUGAAUAAUUUAUUAUGUGGAUAUGUGUUUAGGCUGCGUUUCCACCAGAUAUGUGCGAGGAUGCGUAGCGAGGGAUGUGUUUGUUAAGAACAAAUAGAAUACUUAAUUUGUUUUCCGCGCUCAGCGUGCAGUGAUUAACACAUCUCUGGUGGAAACGCAGCCUUAGGCAAAGUAUUAAAAUGUAUUUUGCUACUUGUACCAGUAUGCUGAAUGAUUUAUUUCUGUAUAUCAAAAUAUGAAUGAAUAAUAGGGGCUGUGCUAGUGUUUUCAAAUGAAAUAUAAUUUUAUGUGGUUUAAUGUUACUCGAUUAAUAGUCUGUUAUUAAUGUAAUAUUUUGUGGACAUUCCUGUAAUCACAAUUAUCUUGUUGGAAUAAAGUGUGGUAAAGGUG